CCUGCAAAUGCCCGCCGAACCACUUGAUCGCCAUAGCAUUUGACGGACACUUGCUUCCACAUUCGCACGACUACAACAGUCGACGCCGCACCAACCUCGCCCAACAUGAGCCAGCUCCAGAUGGACCACGAACACCAUCACCAAGAACCAUUUGAAGACCAUACAGGAUGGCAUGAGAAUGGCCCAUAUCCGCAUCACUCGUCGCCGGUGCAAGAUUUCAAUGGCUUCCACGCCUAUACACCGAUGCCAAUGGAGCCCAUCUAUGGGAAUGGCAUGCACCCACCACACCCUUCACAUCCACCACCUAGAUCUACACAUCAACAACUUCAGCCCUUGAUCAUGCCUCAGUGGCCCAGCAUGUUGACCAGCCAGUCAACAUACCAGCCCUCGAUCUUCCCUUCUGCGCCCGUACCAAUUACACCGGCAUCAGCGACUCCCGUCUCGGCAACAUCGACACAUUCGAGGACAUCAUCAACACCCCGAAAGACCUUGACUGACCAGGAUCGUCGCCGGAUGUGUCAGUACCACGAGGACAACCCUACUGUCAAGCAGACCGAAAUUGGAGCAAUGUUUGGCGUCGAGCGAAGUACCGUCUCGAAAGUGUUGCGACAGAAAGAGAAGUACCUUUACCAGGACGAUGGCAGCCGUUCACCCAUCAGGAAGUCGAAGGGGAAGCUCCCUGACAUUGAGCGAGCACUCUCCAACUGGGCCAGGAAUCAUCAGAGGCAAGGCUACCAGCUUACCGACUCAAUCAUUCGGGACAAGGCACGCUUCUUCGCACAGACUGUGGGAAAUUCCGAAAGCCAUCUGAAGGCAAACAGCACCAGUUGGCUAGAGAAGUUCAAGCAGAAGAACCAUCUAAUGGGCGCAAAGUCACGCAAAGGCUCGAUAGCAGAAGAGUCGGAAGGCACAUCGAAUCCUCCUUCUAAUGCGCAAACACCUGGAGCUCUUUCACCCAUAUCCCCUGAUGACGAUUCUCCUAUUCCGAAUCUGGCGGUCAAGAAGAGCGAGGACAGCUUGAAGACUGAAAGCCCUGACACUUACGACUUCUCGGGUCGACGACCUUACAACUCUCAAAGCAGCACCUCUUUGUCUACUGUCUUCACUGAACAAGGACCCACAAGCCCUACUUCGCUGGCAUCGCCGUUCUUUACGCCGGACUCAGCAUGCGGGCCUAAUUCAUUCAUUGGCAACCGUCAGGCUUCCAAUGGGCAGCCAGGGAGCAACGGCUUCCAGCGGCCACGGAGUCAGACGUUCCCCCUGUUGGUAGGUGUCGAACAAUACGCAUCACCGCCAGCGUCGUCAGAUGCGAUGACUCCAAAGUACAUCAGCAGCACUGCGCUCGAUUCGCCCCUGGCAGAGAUGAGCGAUCCGUUAGCCACAAUCGACGAGGCGAUGUCCAUAUCACCUACCCAGGUUUCCAACUCGAUGCAGCCCCCACCUCUACCAACUACCUCACCUGGAGGUAUUAGGGGAACAGGUUCGCCGGUCUCACCUUCCCAGGAGGAGGCUGCACGCGCUUUGGAACUGGUCAUGAGCUUCUUCAAAUCACAGUCGGGUGACUUUGCGGUUGCGCCUGAAGAGUACAUGACGAUUGGCAAGCUAAUGGAGAAGCUGCGAAUCAAGAACCGAUCAGAGAGCAUGCCAUCGGGCCUUCGACGCGCGUCAGAGCCUGAUUACACCGUCACCAAGCUAGAAACUGUCGACGUUUUACACUAGCCAACAGCGUCGCUGAAGACGAUACUCGUUGCAUCGCACUGAGCGGCACAACACACGAAAACAAUGCACAGCCACAAGACUACUAUUAAUACGUUGGAAAGACGACACUACACUAUUUUAUUUUCAUCACGGACCAAAAGAAGGAAAAUU